AAGCAAACCACUUCUCAGAAAACCAGCAAUUUAACAACAAAUGGCUCUGAAAGGGAUUGAAUUGGGUCUGGUCCUGGUCCUUGUGACAGUGUUGCUUUCUCAUGAAGCUGCAGCUCAAUCCAGUGGCUGCACGAGCGCACUGAUUAGUUUAUCUCCAUGCCUAAACUACAUCACUGGAAACUCCUCAACCCCUUCCUCUUCUUGCUGCACACAGCUUGCCAGUGUCGUGCAGCAGCAGCCACAGUGUCUAUGUUCGGUGCUCAAUGGCGGUGCCUCUCAAUUGGGUAUUUCCUUGAACCAAACUCUCGCUCUGUCGCUACCUGGAGCCUGUAAAGUUCAGACACCACCAGUUAGCGGCUGCAAUGGUGCUAAUGGUCCUGCAAGAGCUCCUGUGAGUCCUCCUUCAGAUUCUUCAGACGACACACCUGAUUCUUCAGGAACUGGGUCUAAAACCACAAGUGAUCGGUACUUUUCAAAUGGAAACAGCAUCAGAAUGCCAUUGUCUCUCGCUGUCUUCAUCGUUUUCAUGGUUUCGUGCUUCUCCAGGGCCAUAAAUGUAUAAGGGUUCCUACAUGGAAGCGUUAUUUUUAGACUUAAGCCACAUUGCUGCCGUAUUAUACUGAUUGUACUGUACUGGUAGUAGUUGUCAAUGAAGUAAUAACCAUUAGUGAAUAAAUUUUUAUAGUUUAGUUAUUAUAA